AGUUUCAAGUUUAAUAUAACCUCAAAAUAGUCUACUUUCGUAAUAAUAUUUUGAACGAUGUCGAAGAUUUUUACCCCUACAAAUCAAAUACGAUUGACGAAUGUGGCCGUGGUGCGCAUUAAAAAGGCCGGAAAGAGGUUCGAGAUUGCGUGCUAUCGAAAUAAAGUUGUGUCAUGGAGAAAUCAAGUGGAAAAGGAUAUAGACGAGGUUUUGCAAACGCACACCGUAUUUACAAACGUGUCUAAAGGUCAGGUUGCGAAAAAGGAGGAUCUAAUCAAGGCUUUUGGUAAAGACGAUCAAACGGAGAUAUGUAAGGAUAUUUUGGCUAAAGGAGAGUUACAAGUGAGCGAUAAGGAAAGGCAUAGUCAUUUGGAUCAAUUAUUUAAGGAUAUAGCCACCACAGUGGCCGAUAAAUGCUUAAACCCUGAGAUUAAGCGGCCUUAUCCUGUGACAAUGAUUGAGAAGGCUAUGAAGGACGUACACUUUUCUGUUAAGCCGAAUCAGUCGGCUAAGCAGCAAGCCUUGCAUGUUAUUAAGCUGUUAAAGGAGUCCAUACCAAUAGAGAGGGCUAAAAUGAGGUUGAAGGUUAAUUUUAAAGGUAAGGAGGCAAAGAAGAUUAAGGAUAAAUUGAUUAAAAUGGAGAGCGUUGAGGUUGAAAGUGAAGAUAGGGUUGAAGACCAAAUUACAAUGGUUUUAUUGGUUGACCCUGGUUUGUUCAAGGAUAUUGAUACAAUGUUAAAAACAGAGACCAAAGGGGCAGCAUUUUUGGAAGUUAUGUCAUACAAAGAAAUGGUGUUGGGUGAAGAAUAUCUCUAAAAAAAAAUAUUAAUUUAUUUGUUCAAUAUUUGGUACAUAUUUUUUUUACAUAUUUAAGUGUAUAUUACAUAAUAAAAAAC